AUGAGCGGCGGGGGCGGGGCGGAGUCCAGGUGCGCUUCGGCGUCCACUUGGCAGAGCGCCUGGGAGCCGCCUGUGGGCAGGAGAGGUUCUGUCAAAUGCGAGGUUCCUUUAAUAAGAGCGACCAGUCCGGCUCCGAGAGUCAUGGCGACCGCAGCGUCUAACCACUACAAUAUCCUCACCUCCAGCGCAUCCAUCGUGCACUCGGAGCCCGGCAGCAUGCAGCAAGCUACGGCGUACCGGGACGCGCAGAGCCUGUUGCAGAGCGACUACCCGCUGCAGAGCAACAGCCACACGCUCAGCCACGCACACCAGUGGAUCACGGCGCUGUCCCACGGAGAGGCAGCCCCGUGGUCCUCGAGCCCGCUCGGCGCGGAGCAGGACAUCAAACCCACGGUGCAGGGCGCCCGGGACGAAAUGCACAAUUCCAGCAGCAACCUGCAGCACCAGUCACGGCCGCCCCACCUGGUGCACCAGACGCACGGGAACCACCACGACGGCCGCGCGUGGAGGACCACCACCGCGGCGCACAUACAGAGCAUGGCGACGACAAACGGCCAAAGCCUUAUUUACUCCCAGCCGGGCUUCAGCGUUAACGGGCUGAUCCCGGGCAGCGGGCAGGGGAUGCACCACCACAACCUAAGAGACAGUCAUGAAGACCACCACAGCCCGCACCUCAGCGAACACGGCCACCCUCCGUCCCAGCAUCAGCACCAGCACCGGCCGCAGAGCCACCACGACCACUCGGACGAGGAUACGCCGACCUCGGACGACUUGGAGCAGUUCGCCAAGCAGUUUAAACAGCGGAGGAUCAAGCUGGGAUUCACACAGGCGGACGUGGGACUCGCCCUGGGGACCCUGUACGGAAAUGUGUUUUCCCAAACCACCAUAUGCAGGUUUGAGGCCCUGCAGCUCAGCUUCAAAAACAUGUGCAAGCUGAAGCCUCUGUUGAACAAGUGGCUGGAGGAGGCGGACUCCACCUCGGGCAGCCCGACCAGCCUGGACAAAAUCGCGGCGCAGGGGAGGAAAAGAAAAAAACGGACUUCAAUUGAGGUAAGCGUAAAAGGAGCUUUGGAGAGCCAUUUUUUGAAGUGCCCUAAACCGGCAGCGUCGGAAAUAAUCAGCCUGGCGGACAGUCUGCACCUGGAGAAAGAAGUGGUGAGGGUUUGGUUUUGUAACAGGAGACAGAAGGAAAAACGCAUGACCCCUCCGGGAGGAGCGCUGCCGGGGAGUGAGGAUGUGUACGGGGACACGCCACCGCACCACGGGGUCCAGACCCCGGUCCAAUGAACUCUGCUGGACCAGCUCCUCCAGGACUUGUUUAUCCGUUUUAUUUAUCCCCCCCCAAGGUUAUAUAUAAAUCACUGGACUAUGAAACGAUAUAGUGGGUGUUUUAUGUAUAAUAGAUUGCAGUGAUUACUGACACAGUAUCUGCAGUGAAUAUCUGAGAAAUGGAAAAUGAGUGAUGGGAGGACAGGACAUUUUUUUCCCUCUCCCAGAGCUGGUGGAACAUAAGCCUGUGUUAUGUUCUCCGAGGAUACAUGCCCAGCACUGUGACUCCAGACGACGCAGUUUCAAGGUGUAGCCCCUAUUGUGUACUGAAAUUAUACUUGACGAAAAAAAGGAGGGGAGGGGAAGAAUGGUUUUAGAAGAAAAGCUUUCACUUGCCAGUUUGUUUUUUUUUAAUAUAUCAAAUCCAGCCUUUUGAGGCUGUGCGUAAAAGGGAAAGCAAAGGCUUUUUUCCCCCUUUUGUUUUAAGUUUUGUAGCUCUAAAUUGUGCGUCCAGCAGUGAUGGGUGUGUGGGUAGUGCAGUGGGGGGGUCAAAGGAGCUGCAUUAAUGGAGUAAACUGGAGGCCGGUAAAGGCUGCAGCCCCAGUGCACUGGAGUCCAGCUGAGGGUGAGCAUCGCCCCUGAGUCCCAUCUGUCAGCCAACGCAGCGCAUUGAGGCUUUGCUUUAGAAACACUGCAGGCCGUUCAGCUUUUAUUUAUACUGUGUGGA